UCACGGUGCCGGCGCUCCCGUGCGCGCCCCCCCGGCGGGCGGCGGGGGCGGGCGCCGUCCGGGCCGCGCUGAUCGCAGCGCGCCAUUGGCCGCUGUCUGCGCGCACGUCACGAUCAUGAUGAGAAUUAAUGAUCGGGGCCGCUGAUUUCAUUGUGUGACGCCGGGACCGACCCAGCCGAGCCCGGCCGAGCCCGGAGCCCCCGCGCCGGCCCCGCGCUACACGUGCCAAUGUGUUGCCAACCUGCUGGACACCUGGCUUCCCAAAAGCUCAGAUGCAUAUUUGCUAAGCUUGGCAAGUCAAGAUCAAAAUGAAAUUAUGAUAAAAAUCCAUGUGGAUUUCURACUUGGAGUCUGAGGUUCAAGACAAAGAUGAAUCUGCGUUCUGUAUUUACUGUAGAACAACAAAGGAUAUUACAGCGUUAUUAUGAAAAUGGAAUGACAAAUCAAAGUAAAAAUUGCUUUCAGCUCAUAUUACAGUGUGCACAAGAAACUAAACUGGAUUUCAGUGUGGUCAGGACGUGGGUUGGCAACAAGCGGCGGAAGAUGAGCAGCAAGAACGCUGUGGAAUCCGGGGGCACCCCCCCAGGGACUGCCCCUGCCACUCCCUCUGUGCCCCCAGAAGCAGCAGUGAGAAAUGUGGUAAAUAUUGCUCGAUCCCAAAGCCAGCAAUCCUCUUGGACCUCGGCUAACAACGACGUGAUAGUGACUGGUAUCUACAGCCCUGCCAGCUCGUCGGGCCGGCCGGGAGCCRCCAAGCACAUGAACACUUCCAUGGCAGAGCUGCACAAAAACUCCAUUCCACRGCUCCCAAGCAAGAGCGACGCCGAGUUCCAGCCGCAGCACAUCCCCCUAGGACGGCAAGUACCCCACUGUAAAAACGCUUCUCUUUUAGUCGGGGAAAAGACCAUUAUCCUCUCCAGGCAAACRAGCGUGCUCAAUUCUGCAAACUCCAUCUACAGUCACACGAAGAAAAGCUACGGCGGCUCCUCGGUGCAGACAGCGGAGCUGGUGUUACCUCAGAAACCCAUGAUUUGCCACAGGCCCUGCAAGGCCGAGCCCGUGGGCUGCCAGCGCUUGCACAAACCCGAGCACGGGGCYCUGGUGUCCCACGUGCCCCCCGGGCCCAGGGCUCACCCCAGGGACCCCGCGUGCGGCACCCAGAACCUGGAGAUCCGCGAGGUGUUCUCGCUGGCCGUCACUGACCAGCCCCAGAGGCUGGUGGCGGGGGGCCCGGCACAGAAACACCCCUCCCUGGAGGGCAGCUGCCUGUCCAUCGCCAUGGAGACGGGCGACGUGGAUGAUGAGUACGCGCGGGAGGAAGAGCUGGCCUCCAUGGGRGCGCAGAUCCACGGCUACUCCAGAUACUGCGAGGGCGGCGGCUCCGGCCACGCCGACAUCCAAAGCACGGCCGGGCCGGGCCGCAGUGGCACCUGCGGGUCACAGGUGGGCAGUGCCAGGGAUGUGCCUGACAAUCUCCUCUACCACAGCAGAGAAUUCCACCUGCCUGCACGGACCUCAUUGCACACCACAUCCAGUACGAUUUAUAACACUGCGAAUGCAGCUAGAAGUACCUUUUCUCCUCAUUUUACAUCUUCAAGUCAACUGAGGCUGUCACAAAACCAAAAUAACUACCAGAUUUCAGGAAACCUUACUGUGCCUUGGAUUACAGGUUGUUCCAGAAAAAGAGCAUUACAGGACCGCACACAAUUUAGUGACCGAGACGUAGCUACCCUAAAGAAAUACUGGGACAAUGGCAUGACCAGCCUGGGCUCAGUCUGCAGAGAGAAAAUUGAAGCUGUGGCUGCAGAAUUAAAUGUUGACUGUGAAAUAGUGCGGACUUGGAUUGGGAAUCGAAGACGGAAAUAUCGUUUAAUGGGGAUUGAGGUCCCACCCCCUAGAGGAGGUCCUGCUGAUUUCUCUGAUCAAUCUGAAUUUGUUUCUAAAUCAGCACUUAAUCCAGGAGAGGAAACUGCUACUGAAGUGGGGGAUGAUAAUGAUAGGAAUGAUGAAGUGUCAAUCUGCUUAUCUGAAGGAAGCUCACAAGAAGAGACAAAUGAAGCUCUUCAAAAUGAAGAAAUUUGCCACAAAGAUGAUGACCAGAAUGCAGUUUCCACUGAUAAUGUGAAAAUAGAAAUUUUAGAUGAUGAAGAGAGUGAUCUGAUCAGCAAUUCUGAAGUGGAUCAGAUGAGUUCUCUUUUGGAUUACAAGAAUGAAGAAGUCAGGUUCAUUGAGAGUCAGCUGGAGACUCACAAACAGAAAUAUUUYGAACUGCAGACGUUUACCCGGAGUUUGAUACUUGCAAUCAAAUCAGAUGAUAAAGAACAGCAGCAGGCCCUGCUUUCAGACUUACCUCCUGAACUUGAAGAAAUGGAUUUCAACCACACAUCCCCGGAGCCCGACGAUACCUCAUUCAGCCUCUCAUCCCUGUCAGAGAAAAACGCCUCAGACUGUUUGUGAUUUCUUUUUUUGGGAAGUGACAGAACACAAACCCCACGGGAGGUGCAGGAGUCAGGAGAGGCUUUUGCUCUGCAGUGUUGCUCAGCCCAAGGGAGCCAGGCCAGGUGGAGCAGCCCAUGCUGGAGGGAUUCCCAAUAUUGGGAUUGGGAAAUCGUGGAACUGGCUGAGGGAAGGGUUCACUUGGAGCAGCUUGGCCUCGGGUAGGAUUAACUUCUGACUCUCCAGAAUAACUCUGRCUCUGUAGCAAAGUCUUUUUGAGCAGGGAUGCAAGAGUGGAAAACAAAUGCUGUGUGACAUCCAGCGAAUUCUUCAGCGUCACCUGCUCCCCAGGCCUGUUUAUUAUAUUUUUCCCCAUUUUUACUCAGGUAGGUGGACUAAAAAUUGGGGAUUCAAAUAGAAUAACGGGCUUUCUCUGAGUUGUGCUUGAAAACCUGACAUUAAACUGAAGUGUUUUUCAUUUUUUUGACUUGAGAUUGUUAAAUCUUCCAUUUUUCUGACCAAAAUAGCUGGAAAAAAACCUUGAAAGGCUAACUGAAAAAAUUGAAUUAUCAUCAAUAAAUUAUUAAUGCAAAGAAGCAGUGAUAAGUGUUGGAAGAAAUGAGCUGGAAAUGGGAACCCUGAUAGCUGCAGGACACAACUUCUUAAUACAGUAGCAAUGGGAUUGGAUGUUUACACUCUUUAGAGUUUAAUGAUUGUAGUCACAGUUUUUAUUUGUCAAAGCCUGAAUGCUUGAGUUCUGCUUAUUAUUUUAAGUCUUGGUUGUGUAUUUUUUCCCCAAACUUUGCUCCAGUUUUCCAAGCCAGUCAGAAUUCCACAGCUGUCAUUACAUCCUGGAACGUUUUCCAGUGUUUARAAGUGAGUUUUGCAGAUCUGGUUUGAAGCCCUGCCUGGUGGAUUUUUUUGGCAAGUGCCAUUUCCAAACUGUGAUCUCGAGUGCAUGCAGGGCCUGAACUGAAUUUGAAUCCCUUCUUUCCCAGAGCUGUUGGCACUGAAUCCCCUCUCUGCUCUGGUGGGAUGGAUGUGCAGAGAUGUUCAGCUGGAGUCAGUGGGGUGUGUUUGUGUCCCAGGAAUGUCCAGCCCUGGCAGUGGUGCCAUGGUUGAGUUGCCAGCCUGGUGAUCAGUCCAAGGCUGGGCUCAAUCCUGGAGCUCCUUCCCUCCACGAUGGUUCUGUUGGAUGCUGCAGGUGCCUGCCCAUGGCAUUGCUGCUCCAAUUCCAGCCUGGAUAUCCCUCAGUGAGCRUUUUCACACAGAUGCUUCAGUCUGGUAAAAACCUGAUCUUCCCAUUUUAUGCCAAAUAGUAAUUGACUGUGGGGAAUCCUUCGUGCAGUGAUUAAUCCCCUUCAUUUCAGUGGGAGGUCCAAGAUGUAGCUCAGAAAAUCCAGAGUGUUGGGCAAAUAACACCUUUUUUUUUUUCUUUAAUACUGGGAUUAACUUGGGUUUUAGGUUUUUCUCAGGCUGAUCAGUUCCUCCCUAAUCACUUGUACAGCUCUUUGUGUUUUGUAUCAGUAGUGAGCUCUUUCUUUCAGGUUUUUAGUCUCUCCUGUCCUUGGGCAUGAGGAGYUUUUAGCAAUACUGUUCAAUACCAGCUGUAGAAAGGGCAGGACCAGUUUUAAAGGUGUUCUGAAAAACCAAAAGUCUCACAGUUCUGCCCCCUGUACAGUUCUGUUUGUUCCCAGCAGAGCUGCCYUUCCACAGAGUAACCCUGGAAUUCCAAGCUGCUGGGCCAAGGUGUGAGUUGAAGGAUUAAAACUGGGAAUGGAAGUUGGGGUUUGUGAGCAGAGCUUCCAAUUCUGUCCUUCACAGGGCAGAUAGAGCUGAGCUGCAAUUCUGCUCGCUCUGAAAAACUCCUUUAUGAAGGGUUUUCUGUGCCAGGCCAACAAUGGUUUCUAUGGCUGUUCUCUCUGGACAGGAAAUCUGUGCCACUGACAAUGAAACCUCUUGUUUUCUGCGAAAUUAAAAAAAUACUGCUGUGAUUUGCCACUAUUGCACCCUGUUUUCCUACUUCUUAAAUUCCCACGACAGAAAGCAGGAUACUCUUAACAGGAGUUCUCAAUUUCAUGGUCAAUUAAAUCAUCCACCUUCCUGCAAGAAAAACUUCCAUUGAUGAUUCAUAUUUUGYUGUCUUGCUGCUAUUUCAUCCCCAAACAAAUGGAAGGAAUGAAUUUUGAAUGAACUGUUUGUUAGAUACAAGCAAUUAUGUCGGUCCCUGUUCUCCAGGAAGCUGAAAGAGCUUCACUCCACACCCACCCCAUCCCUGGGGGAUGUUCUGUGGUCCUUUCUCUUGUAGGGAAACAAAACACAGCGAGGCAGCAAUCCCCUGCCACACCUGGGAUGCUUAACAAUACUACAGGAUAGUCAGGAAAAAAGAGAAUUAAUUCCCUUCCUGGAUAACAAAGUGCUGGGGAGGAAAAUACAGCUCCUUGACUGGGAUUUUUUUCAAUGUCAGUGYGUAUUUCCAACAAAAAUCUAGUGAYUGUUACCAUUAGUGGUAU